ACAAACUUCACCAUUUACCCCUCGCAAUGACACCAAAACACCAAGCCAUCAAACCCCAUGCGCUGAAAGUACCAGGACUAGUCAAGCUCAGCGGGAAACGUGUUGUACUUGCUUCUGCGAGUCCAAGGCGGAAAGAGAUACUCGCUAAUUUUGGUAUCGAGCCUGAAAUAAUACCUUCGACAUUCGAAGAGACCUUACCGCAAAGUUCGUUCGAGGACGUGCAUGAAUAUCCGGUGGCUACGGCAACUCAGAAAGCUGUAGAGGUGUACGAACGUCUCGUGGCAGAAAACCCGGACGACCCGCCCGACCUCGUCAUUGGAGCGGAUACGAUCGUCCUCACACACAUCCCGCCUGCACAAUCCGACCUGCAUAGCUCGUUACUCCCAUCUUCAAGACCCGAAAUACUAGAAAAACCAAUCUCGAAGGCGGAUAACCUACGCAUGUUACUCGACCUUAACGGUGCGGUUUGUGAAGUCGUUACGGGCGUUUCAUUAGUAUACCCAAUCCUCGCAGCUCCAGGAUAUCAAAUAAAAUCAAUAGACGAACGCACAAUAGUCCACUUCGCCGACUCCCCCACACACGUACUCGAAGCCUACGCAGACAGCGGCGAAGGCCUCGACCGUGCAGGCGGGUUCGCAGUCCAAGGUCUCGGUGGAGUUCUCGUAAGAAAGGUUGAUGGGGAUUAUAAUAACGUUGUGGGGUUUCCUGCAGCUUCAUUUUUGAAGUUUUUGGAUUCGUUGGUUGAGGAGGAGGAUGGGUUCUUGGAUGUUUAAGACGAAUGUGGAUAGGGGAGAGUGAGCGUUUGUACGUUUAGGUGUUCGGUGGAUUAUGAAUGAAUGGGCAUUUAGACUAGCUCUUAUGAGAUGUUGUUUAGCGUUGUAGCGUUAGUAGACAGUUGAACGUCUUCUCUUUCUCGCAGUUCAGGCAGAU